AUGGAGCUGGUUUCGGCUGGCAUUGUCGCAGAAUCUGGUCUGGAUAUCAAUGUAACAGACGACCAUGGCAACACAUCUUUGGCAUCGGCAGCAAAGCACGGUAAUCUUCUACUGGCAAACUAUUAUGGCGUGGAGGUGGAUUCAAAGAACUUUUAUGGAAGAACUCCUCUUGCCCAAGCAGCGAUAUGGGGGCACAAUGGUAUUGUGGACCUGCUUCUUCAAGAUAGCGGGGUGGAUGUGAACUCUAAAGACAAUUAUGGAAAUACGCCAUUAGCCCUCGCCGCUGAGGAAGGGCACGAAACCGUGAUAAACGCCUUGCUUGAGCGGGGGAAGAUCCAAGCCGAUCCGAGAAACGCCUUCAAUGUCAUAUCGUUAGCAUUGGCAGCUGAACGAGGACAUAAAGGAGUGGUGGUCAGUCUACUCCAGCGCCACGACGUGAAAGCCGACUCGAUUGAUAAGGAGGGCUGUAUAUCCCUUUCUCGGGCCGCGGCGAUGGGUUUUGAGAGCAUAGUUCGUCGACUUCUUAGCCAGCUAGACGUGGAUGUCAACUCGAAAGACAAUGACGGAUAUGCUCCUCUGGCAUGGGCGGCGCGAAGAGGUCACAGCGCGGUUGUCCAAGCGCUGGUCGAGAGGAUUGACUUGGAAAUAGAGACAAAAGACAAUGACGGGUAUACAGCUCUUAUGCUAGCAAUGGAUGAAGGGCACGAAGAAGUAGUACAAGUACUGGUCAAAUCAAUCAAGGCUCAGCUUGAGGAGAGGGAUUGA